AUGUUCAAUGUUGCUUCUUGCCAACGACACUCUCUCAUCCCCUUCCCCUUCCCCUUCAUUUGGUUGUUAUCUAACCCAAACAUGUCUCAAGGUAUUCUCUAUGGGACAGUUCACACUAGGACCAUACUCGCCGUUGGACUCAUCCGCUCUUUCCACUUGGACAUUGAAGUCCUUAAGAAGGGAUUUCCUGGACAUAUUGAACACUUCCCUAACGGUAAAGUCCCCGCCCUAGUUGCUGCAGACGGUCUUCUUCUACAAGAGGUUAUUGCGGUUCUCUUCUACUUGGUGAGUCUGCAUGACCCAUCUUCCCCGCUGUUGGGUUCCGAUAUACGCUCUAAGGCACUUGUCCUUAAGUACCUAUCGUGGGGGACAACGGAGUUUAUGAGACCCGUUACUGUGGCAGCCGAUAAUAUCCUUGGACGUUCCAGUUGUCCCUACAAUAAACGACUCGUCGAUGAUGCAGUCGCGCAAAUCAACAUUCACGUGCAGGAACUAGAGGAGAGGCUCAUCUAUAAGACUUUCCUCGUUGGCGAAAGAAUAACAUUGGCAGAUUUGUUUGUUGCAACGUGUUUCUACAGACCCUUUGGAUUACUCUUGGACUCUCAAUGGAGACAGGAUCAUCCCGUAUUAAUGAGAUGGUUUAAGACGGUUGUGGCGUCGCCGUACCUCUCGUAUUUUUUUGACUCCUUUGAAUAUGCCACAUAA